AUGUGUAAUCUUAAAUUUUCUAUUCUAAUAAUUUCCUUCAAAGUGUUUUAAUUGAAAAUAAAAAAUUUAGGAAAAUACUUCCAUCACAUUGUGAUUAUUUAAAUUAUUCACUUUAUCGUUGGCAUUAAUUUAACUAAAUUUUAUCUCUUUAAAUAGAAUUAGCUUACUUUAAAAAAUAAUUUCUUUACUUAACAUAGCUACUAAUCGAAAAAUAUAUCCUUUACUAGCUACAAGUUUUAGUAAUAUACAUUUAUUUAUUUUUAUUUAUUUAUUUUAGAUCCGAAAUAAAUAGUUCAUCAAAUCUUAACUUAAAAUAUAUUUUGUGAUAUAGUUUUAUUGUUUGGUAUUUCAAAAUUAUCAUUAUUUUAAAUUACUAAAUAGAACCAAAGCAUAGUAAAGCUAUUGCCAGUCAGUCAGUCAAUCUAACUUUGUUAUUUAUUUUUAGAAACAAGUAAAAGAAUUCUAUUUAGGCGUUUAAUUUUGCACUCAUUCUCUCUAUUAAAACCGAUACUUUAAUUAGAAAAAAAUCACAGAAAAAUUUAGUUUACAUUUUCGAAAACAAAUUCAUAUUUUUUGUAAUUUAUUACAUUCAACCUUUUAAGCUAAUUUUUGUAUAUUUUCUAUCUCUAUUUAUAGAUUAAAUAAGUUCUAGCUAAAAUUUCAAACCAUUUAGCAUUUUUUUAUUAUUUCAGAUUUGAAAUAUUUAAAUAUUUCCAAUCUUCUUAGGAUGGUAAUUACUGA